GGGCAGUUCAACAGGAAAAGCUCUGAUCGGUUAUGAAAGAACAUCCGCGUGUGUCGAAACCUGCUGCGUGACUCAUAUUUUGGUUUCUUCCCCCAGAACUUGAUUUGGUUUUUUUGCGCGCCCGCUGGUUUGUGGAUCAGCACCGAGGGUUCGGGUUAGGGAGGAGAGGAGGGCUUGUUGAGGAGUUUGGGAACGCUGCAGACCCAAACAGCAGAGGAGACGGUACAGUGCAGGAGUGCCUCACACAGUCCUGUUAAAAGGCCCGGUGUGGGUUAGGGUUCGGAACCAGCGUGCCAGGAUUUUAUUUUGCAGAAAAGCGCGCGACAGACGCCGCGCUGGCCACGCGUGGAUCCGAUGGACUUUCUGGAAGACAAGGAACUGCAGCGCUUUUUCCACGGCCAUAAAACAGACCUGUCCCUGAUGGAGAACCCGCAGACCUUCCUGAACAGGAUCCGGGACUACAACCUGAUCCCGGAGGACAGCUACAAGAAGCUGAGUCGCAUGAAGAGUAAAGAAAACCGGAAGAGACACCUUUACGAGUUCCUCACCUGGUUUGAGGAGAAACAUCCGGAUCGCAUCUCUUUUUUCUGGAAGUGUGUCUUUCAAGAGCCCGUCCUGCACUGUUAUCCCACCCUGCAGCGGCUGUACAGCCGCCUCCUGGACGGGUCUUUCCAUUUUGCUGCACAAUUCCCUGAGGAAGUUGAAAAGGAAGAGACGCACGGAAAGAAAAGGAAGGAGCUUUCCAACGAUGAGGUGAAGCAGCCAAGCUCAGUGAAGAAGACGAGCAAGAAGAGACGUAAGACCAGAGGUGACGAUGAUGAUGACGAUGAUGAUGAUGAUGAUGAUGAUGAUGAUGAUGAGGAGCAGCCUGGUCCUUCAUCCCAGCAGACUCCCAGUCAGAAGAAAAAGCCCCAAAAAUUAUGUUUCUCUUCUCCUUUAAAGAAGGGGGAGAAGGGUGAGCUGUGGACCUGGCCCAUCUACAAGACCCAGCUGCCUGUGACCUGUGGAGGCGUGGCGGGAAUGCUGAGGAGAGACAAACUGGCCCAAGGAGAGAGAUGCAUUUUGGUGAAGAAGCAGUGGUUUACUCCGGCUGAAUUUGAGAAGUUUGCCGGAAAGGAGAGCUGUAGGAACUGGAAAGUGAGCAUUCGAUGUAGUGACACCUGCCUGGGGAAGCUGAUGAAGGAAGGUCACCUGAAAGCAGUGAGCUACAAAAGGAGAAGCAUAAAGGCCAAGAGGGGGCUGUUUCCAUCCAGCUGCUCGGCUACAGAGUCUGAGAGAGAGGAGGAGGAAGCUGAAGAUGAGGAAGGGAACCAGGAGGAUCAGUCUCCCUCAGAUGAGAAAGAAAGUGACACAGAUGAAGAGGAGGAGACGGAGGAUCAGUCUGAGCAGCAGCCAGAAGGCAGCCAGAAGGUGUUUCCAGUCACAUGUGGAGCUGCAGUCGGGACUUUACACCCCAGACGAUUUGCAUCAGGGAAUUGUGGGAAGAGCAUUCGCACCGAGAAGAGCUGGCUGACGCCGAUGGAGUUCACGAAGCAGGCGUCGUGUCAGACAGACGCCUCCUGGAGGAAAGACAUCAAGUGUGAAGGAGAAGCGCUCAGUGCUCUCAUAAAGGCCAAAAUCUUGAGGAUCCACUCGCUGCUGUGUAAAUGCAAACUGUGCAAACAAGACACCACGGCGCUGGAGAAUCAGAAAAAUGAUGACGAGUGUUGCAUCUGUAAAAGCGGAGAAGAAGAAGAAGAAGAAGAAGACGAGCUGGUGAUGUGUGACCACUGCCCUCGAUCCUUCCACCCGAAAUGCCACCUGCCUCAUGUGGACGCCAGCGAUCUGCGCGACGACAGACUGUGGAUGUGCACGUUCUGUGUUUUCACAACUAAUCAAGAGUGCCGCUACUCUGAACAGCUGGAAACGGAACCAGUCUUGUCCCGCCAGAUAUCUGCAAACAUGCUGGAAUGCCAGUAUCUGCUGCUGUGUCUAUGCAGUGCUGAUGAGGACCAGAUAUUUACCAAAAACCCAGUGAUCUCUCUGGACAACUACUCCGCUUUCAUCAAGACUCCGAUGUGGCUGGAGCUCAUAGCAGACGGACUCCAGAGGAGCCGAUACCAGACUGUCGGCCAGUUCGUGUCCGAUGUGCGGCUCAUUUUCACCAACUGUGCCACGUUCAACCGGGAUAAUGCUGAAUUCCUCACGAUGGGCGAACAACUCAAUCGGUUAUUUGAUGAAGAAUUCAAGAAGGCCUUCAACAUCCAAGACUGAUUAAAAAACUGGACACUUUUUAACCUCUUCAAAUUUAGGAAAAGGUUAUAAAUAAGUCAGUAUAACA